ACAAGAUGGGGAAUGGAAACUCUGACUCAUCACUUACUACAAGUUUGAAAACAGAGAUUUUGUUUUGUCCAAGGAUCCUGCCCUCUUCUAGUUGCACCAAAACAACAAGUCAAAUCAACUGUUCCUGUGAAAUUGUGGCAAACCCUCCUAUCUUACAGUGGUUUUUCAAUGUGCAACCUGUCAACCAAUCAGGGAAGGGUUACGCUAUCAGUGACUCUCUGAAUGACACGUAUCUGAGGAGCACCAUCACUGUGAAUCAGCUGCAGGAGAGAAACUUGUCGUCAUUGCUCUGCUUCAGCUUCAAUUCAUUGGGAUCAGACAGUAAACAGCUUUUCUUCAACUCACCUAAGAUUUCAGGAGAAAAUCAAGACUAGCAUUCAGGCCAAGGUGAACCAAACUUCCAGCCACAAAACCAUUGGAGAUAGGAACCAACUACAAAGAUGGUUGGACUUUUGAUAUAUCUUCUCAUUGGCUCUGCAAUCCAAGGCACCAACUGUAACAGCUUUCAGGUGAAUUUGGCGCAGACUGUACAUGUUAUGACAGGAUCAUGUGUGACCAUUCCCUGCUCCUUUGAUGUAACGAAGAAACAUCAAAAUAACUUAAAUGGCCAAUGUGUAGCUAAAUGGUAUUCAUCUAAAAGCAAACAACUAACUGACAGAGAUCCAGUAAUAGGAAACCUGGAAAAGAAAGACUGCACCACAACCUUCAACAAAAUGCAGACUCAUGACAACGAGUCUUAUCACUUCAGACUGGAGUGCAAUGACCUAAAAUACAACUUCCAAACCUCAAAAGUAAAAAUUGAGGUCACAGAUGAUUUCCCCUCACCAAUUCUGACUCCAUCCACACUGAAGAUAAAGGAGGGAGAGUCAGUGAGUCUGAUGUGCUCUGCUCCGGCUCCAUGUCUGCCUCAUCCUCCGACACUGACUUGGACCCCAACACUGGGGGACAUUCAGGAAACACUGCAGGAGAAUCUGGACAAAACUAAAUUCAAGACCUCUGUUCUGAACUUCACUGCUUCUCACCUCCACAAUAAACAGAACAUUUCCUGCACUGCUGUGUACAAGAAACAAGAUGGAAGCUCUGAUGCAGCUCUUACCACAAGAUUAAUGCCUGAUGUUUUAUUCCCUUCACAGAUCCUGUUCUCAUCAAACUGCACCAAAACUGCAAAUCAGCUCAACUGCUCCUGUGAAACGGUGGGAAACCCGACUCCAAUGACUCAUUGGUUCUUGAAUGGGCAAUCUGUUAGUCAAUCUAGCCAGAUGGUGGUUACAAAUGAGUUUCUAGAUAACUCACAUUUGAGGAGCAUCAUCACUGUGAAUGAACCACAGAACAAAGAUCUGUCCACCUUGCUGUGCUUCAGCUCCAAUUCCUUGGGAUCAGCCAGUAAACAGCUUUUUGACAGAUGCCUUGAGAGCUUAAGAGAAAACCAAGGUCAAAUCCCACUGUUUGGUUUCAUUGCCACAGUUGCUGCUUUUGUACUGGUAGUAUUUGCCCUCCUGGUUUUUAUCUGGUUUCAAAAGACACACUCCAAAACUAGAGGGAUUGGAGGUGAUAUUGACACAAAUGCAUAUCUAAUGAAGGAGGAAAAUCAGGUACCAAACAUGAUUGAAGAUGCAAUUUAUGCAAACACUGCUGAACUUAGUCAAGCAGGAAUUCGCCAACCUUCAAAUGGAAUUGACAAUGAAGACGAAAUCAGAGAAAGUUCAGGAAAGAAAAGUGAAGAUCUGGUUUAUGCCCAUGUGCAUUGGUCAAGAAAGAGCAAAACAAAGAAGCCGGAGAAUGAUGCGAACAUGAAUUUCACUGGCAGCUCUUUUUUGGAGGAGGAGAAAUUUGCGAGGGGAGACAUGCUUUUUGUGAGUUCUGCACUGGAAAUGGGAAGUCUGUAUGCAGAAGUUAAGCCUAGAAAUGUAAAAGUGAAUAUGCUCAGCUUAAAUUCAUGAACAAAUGUGCAAUAGUACAAGGUCAAGAAGGUUUUGAAAAAAAUGUCCUACUGGCUGACAUUGAAUUAAGAACAAUAUAUUAUGUUGUUAGAAAUUUGUUUUACUUAAGGUGGCAACAAAAAGGAUAAUUUUGGCCCAAACAUUUCUUACAUUUUAUAGUAUUUGGAAAGUUAUGACAAUUAUCUCCAACUCCAGCUUUUGUCAGUGUAGAAACCAUACCUAAUACAAUUUUACCACUCACACAAUAGUAACAGCACACAACAAAAGGGGAUGUCUCGAGGACAAGCUGCAAGAACUACCAAAGAUAAGAAAUUAUGUUAUUUUGUUAUUAUAGAGAAGAACAAAUUGUUCUGUACUCACAUAAUAUAUUUGGGCCUCAUUUUAACUCUAGCUAGCUGAUGCAAUUUGUCAAUAUAUGAUAUGUUUACUUAAUUUGAAAUUGACAGAAUAUUUUAGAACCAUCUGUAUUUGCUUUAUAUGAGCUGUCAAAAACAAUGCUGAUAGUACAAGGUUUCUCUAAAAUGUUUGUUCCCCUCCUUAUUGUGAUGCCAGCAGUAGUGGAGGGUGCUAUAUCUCAAAGCUUUGUGCUGUAUUUGUUAACCAUUUACUAAAGUUGCAAUUAAAGAGCUAAACUUUUCUAGUUAUAGUUUGAUACUUCAUUAAAUUAACUUCAACCACAUGCUUUAAAAUCAAGUUCUUUACAGUAUUAAUAUCACUAUUGCGUGUUCUACAUUUGGUUUGCGAUUGUUUUAAAGUGUUUAUUUGACCUUAUUUGAGCUAUCCAUGCUUUAUGAAUUUACGUUUUAACGUCUGUUUUGUUAUAUAAUCUUGAUAUAGUGCAAUGCAAUUUAAUAUAGUAUCUUUGUUUAGUGUCUUUCUUUUAUUAUUUUUAUUUUUUAACUGAGUCCAAGUAUCUAUAUUCUGUAACAUACACAUUCCCUUAUAAAUGCUACUUGUUAUCUCAAAUGCUCACUAGAGAAAGUUUAAAUUGAAAGCAUGUUUCAGUAUCAGUGGUUACUGAUUAUGUGCUUAUCUUAAACCAUGCAUAAUAGUUGAAGCGUAUAGGGUUCUAUCUCCUUUGUGUAUUUGCUUUAUAUAUUUAUUUUUGUCUAAAUUAAGCUCUACAAAAUAGCAAAUUAAGGCUUAAUGAUAAUGAAAAUAAGUUUCAGUCAGUUAUAAAUUCAGCUAUUUCAAGAUGGAAAAGAAUAUUUAUUGAAAUUUAAAUACUGUGCAACAAUUAAAUAGUCAAACUUUAUCUAGUUAUAGUUCAAUGCAUUAUCAAAUUGCCUACAAGGACAUACCUGAAAACGAAGUAUCUUUAUACAAUGUUAAUAUCAGUAUGACAGGGUCUACAUUUAAUUUGUGAUUAUUUAAAAAAGUUUAUCUGACCAGUUCUUUCCUAUCCACAUAUUAUAAAUUUAUAUUUUAACAGCUUUUUUAUUAUAUAAAUAUUGAUAUAUAAUACAAUGCAAUUUAAUACUAUGCCUAUGUUAAGAGUCUUGCUGAGAGUGUUUAUUUUACUAUUUUCUUUUCAGCCCAACUAAUGUUUGUUGUCAUUCAUUUUGAAUUGGUUUAUGUAUGAGAGGAGCACGCAUUGCCUUAUAAA